CUCUGUUUUCCUUUUUAGCUCUCUACUUUUUCUUUCUUUCAUUUGUUUCUAAUUUUCGUUACUGGUGAUUGAUUCUUGAAAAGAUAUAGGCAGAAUGCUUAAUGGGAGAUUACAUCUGUGGUUUCACAUUCUUGUCAAUGUCUUGAUUCUGCUCAGAACAGAAGCCUUCUUUGUUGAUAUCACUUAUGUUGAGAGUGCUGUGGCAAAAGGAGCAGUUUGUUUGGAUGGGAGCCCCCCAGCUUAUCAUCUUGACAGAGGAUUUGGAGCAGGGAUCAACAGUUGGUUGGUUCAUAUAGAGGGAGGAGGAUGGUGCAACAAUGUGACUACUUGUCUAGAUCGCAAAAAUACGCGCUUGGGAUCCUCAAAGCAAAUGGCAAAGCAACUUGCUUUUUCUGGGAUUUUAGCGAACAAGCCUAAGUUCAAUCCAGAUUUCUAUAAUUGGAACAGGGUGAAGGUUAGGUACUGUGAUGGAUCAUCAUUUACGGGUGAUGUUGAAGCAGUAAAUCCUGCUACUAAUCUUCACUAUAGGGGAGCAAGGGUUUUUGUUGCUGUUAUUGAGGAUCUGCUAGCAAAAGGAAUGAAAAAUGCUGAAAGUGCUGUUCUGUCUGGAUGUUCUGCUGGUGGAUUGACUUCGAUUCUCCAUUGUGAUAGCUUCAAAGCUCUGCUACCCUUGGGCACUAAAGUUAAAUGUUUUGCAGAUGCGGGUUACUUCAUCAAUGCGAAGGAUGUCUCUGGAGUCCAACAUAUAGAGGCUUUCUACAAUGACGUGGUUAAUACACAUGGAUCAGCAAAGAAUUUGCCUGCAACAUGUACCUCAAGAAUGAAACCUGGUCUGUGUUUUUUCCCCCAAUACAUGGCACAAGAAAUUCGGACACCACUUUUCAUAACGAAUGCUGCCUAUGAUUCAUGGCAGAUCAAGAAUAUUUUGGCUCCUGGUGUUGCUGAUCCCCAUGGUCUUUGGCACAAUUGCAAGCUUGAUAUAACAAAAUGCUCUGCUAGUCAACUCCAAAUCAUCCAAGGUUUCAGAUUGGAGUUUUUGAGUGCAGUGAAUGGACUAGGCACCUCUUCAUCAAGAGGAUACUUUAUCAAUGGCUGCUAUGCUCACUGCCAAACCGAAAUGCAGGAGACAUGGCUCAGGGAUGACUCCCCCAGAUUGAAUGACAAAACAAUUGCUAAGGCAGUGGGAGAUUGGUUUUAUGACAGAAGUCCAUUUCAGAAGAUAGAUUGUCCUUAUCCUUGUGAUAAAACUUGUCACAACCGUGUUUUCGAGUCUCAAGAUCAACCAUCGGUAUAGAUAGAUUCUUUCCAUACAACUACAUUUUAUGACAAAUUCCCUAUGAGGUAGGAGGAUUUGGAAAGGAAAAGAAAGAAAAGGAGAAAUAGAAGAAUUUAAGUUCCUAUUUAUCAAGCCAUUGCAAUAAGAAUAUCACCAACAUGCAAAAGUGUGUGUCUGGUGAUCUUAUUCUUGUAUUGUAAUCAACAAAGACUUCUGUUCCAUUUGAAUUUAAUCAAUUUAUCAAAAUUUUAUAUUUGUAGAAAGCA